AUGGCGCUUACAAAGAAAGCAUCGCCAUUGCACCGUCGAACGGUCGUUUUUCAACCAUCAUUGACGUGCUCGAUCAGCUUUGGCAUGCUGCUAAUGUGCGGUUUGUUGGCGAUGCUCUCCGCCCCGGAGGCGCAUAUGAUCAUCGAACGACCUGCACGUCUAACGCCAGAAGAAUACCGGUACCAGCGUGCCUUGUUAACCGAUCGUGAAGCACAGCAAGCCCUCGGAGCCGACAUUGUCCUGACCACAAACGAAAGCAUUGUAAACAACCACCUGAUGGAUCUGAAGCGGGACGAGCUGGAAAUUGGUUUCAUCAAUCCGUUCAACUUUUCUCCCGCCCGCCAUUUCUUCGAAGUGCUGGACCAGAUCAAUGCAUCACCUCUGUUCCAGUUUAUCCGCGCAAUGCCCAAAGGGGCCGUGCUCCAUGCGCACGAUACCGCACUGGCCAGCACAGAGGUGAUCGUGAACGCAACGUACUUUCCUAACCUCUGGCAGCGAGGCACCUUCACCGACAUGCAUGACCUCGAGUUCCGCUUUUCGCGAGCAAAACCAUCGACCGGUGAUGGUUGGGAACCGGUCCAUACCGUCCGGAACCGGACGGGUGCCGACCGGUACGAUGACCAGAUCCGUCGGCUAUUUUCGCUGUACGAUGCGGAUCCGCUCCACACGUAUCGCAGCAUCAACGAUGUGUGGGACAGGUUCAGCCAGAUUUUCCUGGCGCUCGAUCCCAUUGUCACGUAUAAACCCGUCUGGGAGCAUUACUUCCGGGAGGCGCUUCGAGAGUUUCGCGAGGAUAACGUGAUGUAUCUGGAGUUUCGGGGACUGCUGCCAACGCUAUACGAUCUAGACGGCAAUACCUACAAACCUGAGGAUGUGGUAGAAAUAUAUCGAACAAUCACGGAGGAAUUCAAAGCGGCCAAUCCACGCUUUAUCGGAACCAAGUUCAUCUACGCGCCGCUACGCUUCGCCGACAACCAAACGGUGGAUCAGUAUUUGAGUCUUGCUGAACGGUUGCACCACCAUUACGGUGACUACGUGGUUGGGUUUGACCUUGUCGGGCAGGAGGAUACCGGCCGUCGACUGCUGGACUUUGUCCCGCAACUCCUGAGCUUACCUUCAUCCAUUAACUUUCUGUUUCAUGCCGGCGAAACCAACUGGCACGGUAUGCCGUCAGAUGAAAACUUGAUCGAUGCCAUCAUGCUUGGUACAAAACGAAUCGGCCAUGGAUAUGCGCUGCUCAAGCAUCCAGUGCUGGUGGAAAUGGCGAAGAACCGCGACAUUUGUGUCGAAAUCAAUCCCGUCUCGAAUCAAGUACUCAAGCUGGUAGCCGAUUAUCGGAAUCACCCGGGCAGCAUUCUAUUUUCGACCGAUUUUCCACUUGUCGUGUCAUCGGACGAUCCGUCGUUCUGGGGUGCCGCUCCAUUGAGCCAUGAUUUUUAUAUGGCGUUCCUGGGCAUGGCAUCGGCUCAUCAGGAUCUCCGACUGCUGAAAAAGCUGGCACUGAACUCGUUACGCUACAGCUUAAUGAACAAACAGGAUAAGGCCGCGGCGGAAGCAAUAUUCUACCGGUCUUGGGACUAUUUCAUCGAUGCGAAAGUCGAACAGAUAUUAGCAGGAGAACGAAAUCAAGUGUAA